CUUGUAGGCUUUAGAGCGUCCCGCCAACCUGCCCGCUUUGCGCAGGCGCUGUCAGGGGCCGAGGCCGCGCCCGGGAGCUAGGUGUAGGGGGUGUGGCCAAAGGGCUGAGGGGUUCUCUCGCGCCGGGACCCUGGAGAGGUGCGUGGGCGACAGGGAUGGAAGCUGAGGAGGCAAUAGAGAGAAACUGAGAGGAAGAUUGCUGGAAGGGUUUGGAUGUGACGUCAGGAAGCUGGCUUUUCUGCCAAGGGGUCUAGGCUGCGUGGAUUCCCCGGGGGUCCUGGGGACUCUCUCUUUGGAAGGUGGCCUGAAAAUUGAAUUGGAGUGUCCUUGUUUCUCCUAUUGUCCAGGGGAGCAUAGAUGGCUGGACACAGACUCUAGAGACUUCAAAUAAUGUGGAAAUGUUUCGACCAUCAGGUUCCACUGGGCUGAUUCCCCCAUCCCACUUCCAAGUUCGGCCCCUUCCAACUCUGCCAAGAAUGGCUCCCACGUGGGUCUCAGAUAUUCCCCUGGUUCAGCCCCCAGCCCAUCAAGAUGUCUUAGAGAGGCGGCCAGAUAACCAGAGACCUCAAGUGACCAUGUGGGAACAGGAAGUUUCUGGCAAAGGGCAGGAGCCAGGGUGGAGAGGCAGUGGAUUGCAGGUGAGUCUACCUUGGACCUCAUCAAAGGGAAAGGAGCAUAAUGAUGAAAGCGGAGCAUUGGAGUCCGUGGAGCUGGCAGGGUCGCAGGCCCUGAGCCAGCAGGCUGAGCUGAUCUCUCGGCAGCUGCGAGAGCUGCGGCGGCUCGAGGAGGAGGUCCGGGUGCUGCGGGAGACCUCGCUGCAGCAGAAGAUGAGGCUGGAGGCCCAGGCCGUGGAGCUGGAGGCACUGGCACGGGCAGAGAAGGCUGGCCGCGCUGAGGCCGAGGGCCUGCGUGCUGCCCUGGCUGGGGCCGAGGUUGUCCGGAAGAACCUGGAAGAAGGGAGCCAGCGGGAGCUGGAGGACAUUCAGAGGCUGCACCAAGAGCAGCUCUCCUCCCUGACACAGGCUCACCAGGAGGCUCUUUCCAGUUUGACUAGCAAAGCUGGGGGCCUGGAGAAGUCUCUGAGUAGUCUGGAAACCAGGAGGUCAGGAGAAGCCGAAGAGCUGGCUGCGGCCCAGAGGGAGGCCGAGCUGCUGCGGAAGCAGCUGAGGAAGACCCAAGAGGAUUUGGAGGCUCAGGUGACCUUGGUUGAGAACCUAAGGAGGUACGUGGGGGAGCAGGUCCCUCCCGAGGUCCACAGUCAGAUGUGGGAAUCAGAGCGACAGGAGCUUCUAGAAACCGUGCAGCACCUGCAGGAGGACCGGGCCGGCCUGCACACCACCGCGGAGCUGCUGCAGGUGCGCGUGCAGAGCCUCACGCACAUCCUCUGCAUGCAGGAGGAGGAGCUGGCCCGGAGGGUUCAGCCUUCAGACUGCCUGGAGCCCGAGUUCACCAAGAAGUGCCAGUCCCUACUGAAGCGCUGGCGGGAGAAGGUGUUUGCCCUUAUGGUGCAGCUGAAGGCCCAGGAGCUGGAGCACAGAGAAAGCGUGGAGCAGCUGAAGGGACAGGUGGCAGAGCUCCAGGAAGGAGUCAAAACCCAGUGCCAGGAGCAGGCCAUCCUGCAGCGCUCCCUGCAGGACAAAGCUGCAGAGGUGGAGGUAGAGCGGAUGGGUGCCAAGGCCCUGCAGACGGAGCUGAGCCGCAUUCAAGAGGCCCGGCGCCGGGAGCAGCAGCAGACAGCCACAGCGGAAGAGCAGCUGAAGCUUGUGGCCGAUGCUGUCAGCAGCUUUCAGACCUGGCUCCAGAGUGCCGUGGCGGAGGUGAAGCAGGCCGCAGCCCGGCUGCCUGGCCUCAGCAGCCGAGUCAGCUAUGCCGUCCGCAAGGUCCACACCAUUCAGGGCCUGAUGGCUCGAAAACUGGCCCUUGCUCAGCUGCGCCAGGAGAGCUGCCCCCGACCCCCACCGGCCACGGAUAUGAGCCUGGAGUUGGAGCAGCUGCGGGAGGAACGGAACCGUCUGGACGCAGAACUGCAGCUGAGCGCCCACAUCAUCCAGCAGGAGGUGGGCCGGGCCCGGGAGCAAGGGGAGGCGGAGCGGCAGAAGCUGAGCGAAGUGGCCCAGCAGCUGGAACAGGAGCUGCAGUGCAGCCAGGAGUCCCUGGCCAGUUUGGGGCUGCAGCUGGAGGCGGCUCGCCAGGGCCAGCAGGAGAGCACGGCGGAGGCUGCCAGUCUCCGGCAGGAGCUGACCCAGCAGCAGGAGGUCUACGGGCAAGCGCUGCAGGAGAAGGUGGCCGAAGUGGAGACUCGACUGCGGGAGCAGCUCUCAGAAUCAGAAAGGAGACUGAACGAGGCUCGCAGGGAACACACCAAGGCCGUGGUCUCCCUGCGCCAGAUCCAGCGCAAAGCCACCCGGGAAAAGGAGCGGAACCAGGAGCUGCGGCGCCUGCAGGAUGAGGCCCGAAAGGAGGAGGGACAGCGGCUGACCCAGCGCCUGAAGGAGCUGGAGAGAGACAAGAACCUCAUGCUGGCCACCUUGCAGCAAGAGGGUCUCCUCUCCCGUUACAAGCAGCAGCGACUGUUGGCAGUUCUUCCUUCCCCAUCGGAUAAGGGGUUACCUGUGGAGUCCAGCCCCAGGCCCUCAGAGUCUUCAGCGCCUGCACCUCCGGCAGCGGCCCUAUGCACCAAGGAGUCCAUCAAAGGAUCCCUUUCUGUCCUGCUCGAUGACUUGCAGGGCCUGAGUGAGGCCAUUUCCAAAGAGGAAGCUAUUUGUGAAGGAGACAGCCAGACCUCUUCUUCUGUCUGCCUCUGAGCAGCUGCGAGGACCGGAGGGGUGAGGAUGGAGGGAGGAGUGGGUUGGGGAGGGCGCCCAGCCCAGCUCCCUUCCCGUCCAGCUGCUCUCGGGGACAGCCACCAAGAUGUUGUGAAUUCUCCCAUAGCUCAAUAAAGAUGACUACAGUAGGA